AUGUCUUUGCCCCAGAGGCCAGGAAAGGCCUCGCCUCGGCGUGAAGAGGUACGGGCUUUCCGCGAACCCUCACGACGACGUCGCAGAGACGACACGGGAGACUACAGUGACAACCCAACCUCUCCUUCCCACCGACACCGCCGCCGACACUCACACUCGCACAGCCGCCGCCGGGCGACCGACGACGAAGAUCGCAUGGAGCGGGGCGGUGAUUUACGCCGCAAGAAAAGUAUGGUGAAACCCGAACGUCGCCGUGUCGACUCCGACCACCCCAAUUACCAUUAUCGUCAACGGUCGCAUCAUAUGAAUACACACCCAUCCGCGACCGGAGAUGACCCACUAUUGGACCACGAUGGCGAGGCCGAGACCAAUAGCUCGAAAAGCAUCGACAUGAAGGCUAGGGAGCUGUAUGGAGGGAAUGUGAAUAAGCCUAUGGAGCGGGGCCCGAGUCGUCAUCGCUCAAAGAAGAAGAAGAAGAGAUCUUCGCGACGGAUCUCGAAGAAGCCUAAUCUUGAGGAUCGUAAGCGCCAGAAGGCUAUGGAGGGGGUGCGACCGCCGGAUCUGUGGACAACGUACUGCGCGCUGAUCAGUUGCUUGGUACCGGAUUUCUUGUUAAAGUGCUGUGGCAUGCCACAGAGAGAUCAGCGGACCGCGUGGCGGGAGAAGAUCGGCUUGAUCAGCAUUAUUCUCAUGGUCGCAGCCUUUGUCGGUUUCCUUACAUUCGGAUUCACCGCUGUGGUCUGUGGAUCCCCUCCUACACGAAUGAAGAUCAACGAAGUUGGUAGUGGUUAUAUGAUUUUCCACGGCCAAGCAUAUAACCUGGAGAGUUCGACGCACCCUGCUGCAGAGGGCGUUCCCUCGGGCUCGAAUGUUCUUUACGAUUUGCCGCACAAGUAUGGUGGCCAGGAUGGCAGUUUCAUGUUCCAGGAAGUCAAUGGUGCCUGUAAGGGACUUAUCACUGCUGUAGAUGGUGGUGGUGUUCCAACCAAUUCUGCCGGUGACUUGGGAUGGUACUUCCCAUGCAAUGCUUUCAACCAGGAUGGCUCGACUGAGCCAAAUAUGACAGACUCCUACUACGAGGGAUGGGCUUGCCAUACUAGCUCUGCUGCACGGAAACCUUUCUGGAAGCUGAACCCCUCGGGUGAUGUGUAUUUCACUUGGGAGGACACUAAGAACAAAAGCCGGAACCUGGCUGUUUACUCAGGUAGUGUCUUGGACUUGGAUCUUCUGCGCUGGUUCAACACGAGCCAGGUCUCGUAUCCGGCCAAGUUUGAUGCCCUUCGCACGAAUCCUGAUGUUCGAGGAGUUGAUCUGACAUACUACCUACAAGGUGGAGACGAGAAAAAGCUUGGUCAGUGUCUGACGCAGAUCAUUAAGGUUGGAAGUAUCGAUACAGACACCGUGGGAUGCAUUGCUUCCAAGGUAGUUCUGUAUGUGUCUUUGAUCUUCAUUCUGUCGAUUGUCGUGGUCAAGUUUUGUUUUGCGGUACUGUUCCAAUGGUUCUUGGCCAAGAAGUUCGCUGCGGACAGCACCAGCAUGAGCUCUGAUUCCAAAACUCGUAACCAACAGAUCGAAGACUGGUCCAACGAUAUCUAUCGACCGGCACCUCGCUUGCCUGAUCCUCCAGUUCCCGACCGCCUCAGCAAACGCGCCAGCUUCUUGCCGACGACAUCACGUUUCUCCAGUCCAUAUGUCAUGGGAUCUACCGGCGGUAAGCAACGCUCAAACUAUGUGACGAUGGCUAGCCAGAACUCGACUUCCCGCCUUAUGCCAAGCUCAACUACCACUGGAACUAUGUACAAGACCAGCCACAACGGCAGUGGUGGCACUUUGAGUGCGGAAAACUCUCGGAACCCCGCGGCAAGCAGGACUAGUUUGAUCGGUCCGGGCUCGCAAGAGGCUCCGUUUUCUCCCACGGCGCCUGAUUAUGAAGCUCCUGGUCCUGCUGGAUUUAUUCAUGAGUCCGUUGUUCCUCAGCCCCCGCCUGAUUGGCAGCCGUUCGGCUAUCCCUUGGCGCAUGCACUUUGCUUGGUCACCUGUUACUCGGAGGGUGAAGAGGGUAUUCGGAGUACUCUGGACUCUAUUGCCCUGACCGACUACCCCAACAGUCAUAAAACGAUUCUCGUGAUUUGUGACGGUAUCAUCAAGGGUAAGGGAGAGGAGUACUCGACUCCUGAUAUUGUGGUUGGCAUGAUGAGAGACCAUGUGAUUCCUCCAGAUGAGGUUCAGCCAUUUUCAUACGUCGCCGUGGCUACAGGCUCCAAGAGACAUAACAUGGCCAAGAUCUACACUGGAUUCUACGACUAUGGUGAGACCUCUCUCAUUCCUCCUGAGAAGCAGCAGCGAGUCCCAAUGAUGGUCAUCGUCAAGUGCGGUACCCCUGCCGAGUCUACCCAGUCCAAGCCUGGUAAUCGUGGCAAGCGAGACAGUCAGAUCAUCCUCAUGUCGUUCUUGCAGAAGGUCAUGUUUGAUGAGCGGAUGACCGAACUGGAAUUUGAGAUUUUCAACGGCAUGUGGAAUGUCACCGGUCUUCCUCCAGACUUCUACGAAGUCGUCCUGAUGGUAGAUGCCGAUACGAAAGUCUUCCCCGACAGUUUGACACACAUGGUCUCCGCUAUGGUCAAGGACCCGGAUAUUAUGGGUCUUUGUGGCGAGACCAAGAUUGCCAACAAGACCGACAGCUGGGUCACCAUGAUUCAAGUCUUUGAAUACUUCAUCUCCCACCACCAAGCCAAGUCCUUUGAGUCCGUGUUCGGUGGUGUUACCUGUCUUCCUGGUUGUUUCUCCAUGUACCGUAUCAAAGCUCCCAAGGGCGGCCAGAACUACUGGGUUCCCAUCCUAGCCAACCCCGAUAUUGUGGAGCACUAUUCCGAGAACGUCGUCGACACCCUUCACAAGAAGAACCUCCUCCUCCUAGGUGAAGAUCGAUACCUAACAACCCUCAUGCUCAAGACCUUCCCCAAACGCAAACAAAUCUUUGUCCCACAAGCAGUCUGCAAAACUGUCGUCCCUGACAAAUUCAUGGUCCUUCUCUCCCAACGCCGUCGCUGGAUCAACAGUACAGUCCACAACUUAUUCGAACUAGUCCUCGUCCGCGACCUCUGCGGAACAUUCUGCUUCAGCAUGCAAUUCGUCAUCUUCAUCGAACUAAUCGGAACACUCGUCCUCCCCGCCGCCAUCUCAUUCACUAUUUACGUUGUUAUCUCCUCAAUCGUCAAACGACCAGUCCAGAUUAUUCCUCUCGUUCUCCUCGCCUUGAUCCUGGGUUUGCCAGGUGUCCUGAUCGUUGUCACCGCUCACCGCCUCGUCUACGUCCUCUGGAUGCUCAUCUACCUUGGCUCACUUCCAAUUUGGAAUUUCGUCCUUCCUACCUAUGCAUUCUGGAAAUUCGACGACUUUAGCUGGGGUGAUACCCGAAAGACAGCUGGUGAAAAGGAUAAGGGACACGGUGAUGCUGAGGGUGAAUUCGACAGCACGAAGAUUACGAUGAAGCGAUGGCGUGAUUUUGAAAAGGAUCGACGACUACGAAAUAGCGCUUGGCCUCAAUCCUUACCUGGGAACGGGUACUCACAUCAUGAGGCAUAUUCGGACUAUUAA